AAAAUGUUGUGUUUUGUUUGUGCCUGGAGAAAUUUUGUGGCAUGAACUCUAGCUGCACUGUACUCCUCAUUGCUGCUUGUCUCAAUUUAUGCAGAUGCUGGUGGAAAGUAAAAAGAUAAAGAACAUGGAUUAUAAAUCAAAUGCCUCUUGAUGUACGCCAUCGGUACAGCAGUCGGCAGGUUCCCUUGGCUGGUAACGCCACACGGCCCAAACACCAAAGAGGAGUACCGGAGGAGUGUAUCUCCUUCAUUGCAAUUGCUUACUCCCGUGUGUUCAAUGUUUUCAUCGAAUAAUUGACAAUUAUUUUUGAUUAUGUGAGGGAAUUGAAAAUUUCUGAGAGUUCUGAGAUGAUAAUCGACGACUGUUGGGUGAAAAUGAUUGGAGAGUGUGGGGGACAACUAUUCAGGGAAUUGACUGUGGAUUUUUAGGCCGGGCGAAAGGAACUGUAGAGAGUUGAUAGGAUUAUCCAAGAACCCAGAGAAAAAAUUGGAACCAUUACCAUGGCUAAGUAAGUUGCGUCAUUAUGAGGUGAUGAUGGAGUGCUAAGGGGAUUGAGGAAGUUCUUUUGGGGGUUUCGAGAUCUUGCAUGAAUUUCUACAUGUCUCUCUUCAAUUCUUUGAUCUUCAUUAAGGAUAAUGCUGAUUAUAAAGUUGUGAUAUUAAUCCUGGGCUUCCUUCUCUCCAGAGAAAUGAUGAUCGUCUUCAUCUACGAUACGACUCGCUGUCGAAAAGAGGAUGAUGACCCGGCAGAGGCAGUUCUUUACUUUCACCCCGCCUGGGUCUCUGUAACCCAGCGUCUGGCCCUCGUCGGCCAGCUGAUGGGUGUCCAUCAGUUCCUCUCAACGUCCUUUUCGCCACCAACUCUGGUUGCCCUGCAGGGUGGUAAAUUCGUCCUGAAGAAAUUCAACCACUAUAUUUUGGCAAUCGGCACUGACCGCAACAUCCAGGACUGGAUUUUGGAGCGUCGAGGGGACUUCCUGGAGCAAAUUCUCAAAUUCUUCCACUGCGACCUCGACACGAUAAGCCACUCUCUCAAUAACGAUAGAAACAAAUUUGCGGAAAAACUGUAUCAGAUGCUGGAAACAUACCUUCCAAUUCUACAGUACAACGCGAGCCUCUUCUCCUCAAUACCAAUGAUAAAACUCCCAAAAAGCGCAAGCAACGUCUUCUUGGAGUCCCUGCAGCUCCUCCAAUACUGUCAGGAGACCCAGGGUAUUGUUGGCGGGGCAAUGUUUUUCAACAACAAAGUAGUAGUGACCCAGCUGACCCCAGACCUCACAAAACAACUAGUGAUAACAGAUCCUUACAGGAUAAAAGCUCCAGCAGACAGGAUUCCCACAGACUUCCAUCUGCCCCUAGGUGUUCAGCUGUUGAGGGUUUACGUGCAAAGAAGGCAGGACGAUCUCCCAAAGAGCCAUAAUCCCAUCAACGACAAUCAUAUCAGCAAGAAAUACAAGAAAUCAUCUUUGACGAGUUGUGGAAUGAAACGUGAUACUUCCAGGAUAUUCACAGUCCCCGAAGAAGGAGAGGCUGAGCCCAUAGACAAUCCUGAUAACCCUCCGCCUCCACCAACAAUCAGGCGAGGCUCUCUCCCAGUUAAACAGGAAUUUAGAUCUAAGAAUCGAAUGCAGCAUCCCCUGACUCCUAGUGUCUGCUCAACUCCUCUGAAGGACAUUAAUCGAGUUCUCCAUGAAACAGCUGUUUUGAUUUGCAGCACAGGAGAUGAAUCAGAGAAUCUUCCUCUUGAGGAGUCUGAGGAAGGCCCUGGGAACAUUGACGACAUUCCAGACGUCGUAAAAGAAGCCCUCAGGUGCAAGAGGCUGAAUAAAUUGAGAUCUGGUGGGCUGGACCCCGAAAAGAAAUUCAAGAAGAUAGCCUGGAGUAGGAAGAGCUCCAGCGUGGCAGAUUUAGAGGAAAUUGAGUCCUGGCUUACCCCAGACGACCAUCCAAAACGAAGGGAGCACUUCACAACAAUAACAGAUCCCUGCUAUCCAGUAUUCAAGUUUGAUGGAUCACCAGUAUCACAGGAUCUGUAUGAUUAUUAUAUAUCUAGUCAUUACCAGGAGCUUGUUAAAAUCCAGAAGGUCUCUAAAGAUGUCUCACAGCCACUAAUGCAACCAUCAAAAGCUAACGCGAUGGAUUCAAUUCAUCUGAAAGAUUUUGACGUCAUGAUCUCCAAUAGUCCACCUCCACUAGACGUAAAGCUUAGUGAAGUCAGGAAGAACCGUCAGGAGACAUGCAAAAGGUCGAUGAGUCUUCCUUUGAAAAGUCUCAAUGCUCCAGAUGAGGCCCAAGAUCCAAGGAACUCGGCGUCAGAGGGGGUUUCUUUUGAAAUGCCCAUGAAGAAGAAGCUCGAGGGGCUUCAAUUGACGCCACUCAUGUCCAAGCUGAGUCUGCUGGCAAAUGAUGAUAAGACCAGUGGCUUCUGUAGCAAAGAGACAACGCCAAGCGAGUACUAUGAUCUGUCCACAUUAUCCAGUAGAUUAACCAAACAUAAUAAUGACGAUGAGGACUUCUGGGUGGGUGAGAGGGAGCCUGGAGCCCUGGAGAAGGCUGAGCUCUUCAUCUGUGGGCAUCAGAACAUGGUGAUGGUUCUGCUGAUGGAGGAUACUACUGGAAAUAAUCCAGAAUUGAUUCAUAAUCUUUGGGAAACAUGUAUGAAUCACUUGGGAAGACUGGAGACAAGGCUGGCACAUUGCAUGGAGCCUAUGCCCUGUAGUCAGCACAAGGAUCUCUACUCAGUUCUCAGUAUUGAUCCCGAGUGGGAUACCUUACAGAGAUCAGGGCUGUGGGGUGUCAGUGAAUUGGAGAUCGUGGGGAAGAUUCACGAUAGAUUCAAAAAGGGAAGGAAUCUUACUGACGUCAUUGUGAGAACUGAGGAUACUGUGGUAUAUGGCAAUCAGUGCGGCAGGACGGAAGUUUUUUAUCAGCAAGGAGUAGGGAGUGGUGGAUCCGGUGGACUGCCCACACCGGCGGAUCUCAUGGGAGUUGUGCCGUUGAAGGCGAAGAGACGGCUAGAACGAGAUCAUGGGAUUGUGAUUUUAUAAAAGAAAUUUGUACCAAAGGUUGUUCUUGUCGUUGUUGAGUUAACUCAUUCCAUUGCACCUCUUCGCUACCUGACGUAUUUUCGAUUCUUAUAUUUAUAAAACUAAAUAAAGGCAAAGGACGCAUUUAUUUUGAAUUCAGAGGAACACGAAAAUUCUUCUGAGGAGAAGCCACCAGUUGGCUUCACAUUUGUAAAAAUUGAGGCUACUGGUGGACGACUAUGAGACCCUGUUCUGCACCGAGGACAUUACCCCAAAGCCAUCUCUAUGAGACAUCGAGGAAGAUCCUCAUCUGUGGAUAUUAGAACAUGGAAGACGAACAUAAACCAUCUGCAGAAAUUGGGCAUGUGCAUAAAGUACUGAGAUUUUUUUAUCUGCAGCGGGCUGCUAACAUCAGCUGCUUAUGGGAGAGGCCUUGUUAAAGGCGAAUACAAUGCCAAAACGGCAUCAGCAGUGUAAUUUCUGAAAGGAAGAUAGUGCCAAAGGUCGUUCUUGCUAUUAUUGAGCUGAAGUUGAGUUGAAUCAAUACUUUUAGCGCUUCAGCAGGUCCACUCAGUUUUAUUAAUCCGUAUUUUUAUAAAAAAAACCCCCGACGAAUGAUAAACAAAAUGACAAAACCAGGUGAACUAAUAAGACCACCUACACCGACAAGGGCUCUAGGCCCCUCGCUGGCCAGUUCCUGGCGUUUGAUCACCUGAAAUUCUGGGUCGGGAACGCCAAGCAAGCUGCUGGCUACUACAUUGCUCGUUUCGGUUUCGAGCCCCUGGGGUACC